AUGACGCUCCUUCCUCGUUCUCGAACACUUCCCGCUCGACCUUUUGCCACUACUGGCGUAGAUUUCUGUGGACCAAUCUACCUCAAACCCGUUCACCGCAAAGCUGCAGCGCAGAAGGCCUACAUCGCUGUUUUCGUCUGCUUCUGUACCAAAGCAGUUCACUUGGAGUUAGUGGGCGAUUUGUCGACAGCUAAAUUCAUCGCCGCUCUUCAUCGUUUCGUUGGAAAACGAGGCGUUCCUGCCGAAAUCCAAUCGAACAACGGACUCAAUUUCAAAGGAGCUAGCAACGAACUCCGAGCGCUAUACGAUCUGCUCAAUGAUUCCUCAAGCGCAACCACCAUUAGCAACGAAGCAGCUCAGAAUGGAAUCGUGUGGAAAUUCAUUCCACCGAAAGCUCCAAACUUCGGUGGUCUUUGGGAAGCCGCUGUCAAAUCCGCUAAGUCUUCUCUGGUGAAACUUCUCGGACAACGUCGGCUGUCGUUCGAGGAUAUGACCACCGACCCCGACGAAUUGGAUGUUCUGACCCCGGGUCAUUUUCUCACCGGAUCUUCGCUGUUGGCGAUUCCAGAUCCGGACUAUACAAGCUUUCCAACCAAUAGGCUCGAACACUACCAACAACUUCAACAGCUCAUCCAGCAGCACUGGAAGCGUUGGCGAAGGGAGUACAUCUCGCAACUCCAUAACGUCAACCAGCGUGCCUUUCCACCGAUCAAACUGAAGGUCGGACAGAUGGUCGUCCUGAAGGAUGAUGACAAAGCACCGUACUCUUGGCCCCUCGGCCGUAUCACUGAAGUCCACCCUGGCCCGGACGGAGUGGUCAGAGUAGUGACUCUGAGGACAUCGCAAGGGAUAUACAAACGACCGGCGUCUCGUGUUUGCCUGUUGCCGUUUGAGAAGGACUCGAGAGGGCAACCAUCAACCUCCUGCCUCCUGCAGUCAACCAGUGGAACCCCGAUGGACAUGACGUCACCUACUCACAACUAUGAAGCACAAGGACAUAACAAGUGA